AUGGAGACUGACAUGGGGGACAAGAGCUCGAGCACUUUGGAAAGAAUAGACACUACAAACAUCGAAUUUCCGGAAGACUGUGUGAUUGCACUCUAUGGCAAUUUGACUCUGGGCAGAAAGCAUGACGAAAUUCGGGAAGAGAUCGAGAAAUGGGGCGCCAGCUUUGAAGACUACGACUCGCGAAUCGAAAAAUGCACCCAUCUCAUUACGACCGAGAAAUACGUUAAAAAAUCCAUUAUGCCUGCGAAAAUCAAGGAUGCAGCUAGUAAGGGCUGCGAGAUCGUCACCCUCCCAUGGCUUCUUUUGUCUAUCGAGUGCGGAUAUCCAAUCGAUGCCAAAGACUACAGGCUGGAGACGAUAAAGAUAGCUGGACUCAGGCCGAAGGCAAAUGACAAGGCCAGCCCUAAACCAGAGGCUGAUGGGCCCAAGCCUGACAUGAAGAAGGCUAACAAAGCCAAGUCCAAAUCGAAGGAGACCGAUGAUCCUGAGCCCAAAUUGAAGGAAGUUGAUGAACCCAAUCCCAGAUUGAAGAGGACCGACAAAGCCAAGCCCAAACCGAAGGAGGCCGAUGAAAUAAAGCUCAGGCCGAUCAAGGCCGAUAAACCGAAGCCCAAACUAAAGGCAUUUGGUGCAGCUGGUGAAGCCAAGCGAACACUGGAAGGUCUUGAGGAUGCAGGCGAUGGUACAAAGAAAGUAGCCAAGACCUCGUCGGACGCAGAUUAUCUUCAUUAUCUGCAAAACAAUGUGCAUAAAUUCUUCCCCGAUCUUCCAAAGGAUCUUUCUGUUUGGGAGCAGGGCGAUGAUGAGUGGGAUGCGUUUUUGAUCAAGCCCUUAGUUCGAAAGACUGGAGAAACAACCCGCCCGUUUGUGAUAUGUCGCAUUCAGCUACUUUGUGAUCUGAUUGCAAAUCAGUAUCAUACAUACAGCCACGAGAAGACCGGGGAAGUGAUUGCCAAGGCCAGUCGGUCAGGUCUUGGUAGUCUGGAAGAAGCCAAAGCCGCAUUUCAAGAGAUAUUCCACGAUGCUACCGGCCUUCGUUGGAAGAGCCGCCUUAAAGACCCGAAGAAGGGGAAGUUCAUUUUUGUCGAACACCAUUUUAAAGAUGAGGAGGCUUGUCCAUCUGCUCUGGAUAUCGCCAAGACACUUUCACCAGCGGUGAAAGCUGUGCUCAGUCAUAUUACACCCAGCAAGGAUCAGACUAACCUCAUCAAAGCCUUCUUAAAGAGGCUACCCGCCGGUCCCAUCAGAAAUGGCAGUGUUCUGGUGACUGUGCAGCAUUUGCGUGCUGGCAUUGCUCUUCUAGAACGAUUAUUGGGCCGUCCGGACCUUGCAGCCGAAAUAACUUCCGAUGACAGCCCUGCGUUGAUGAUGCUACAAUGUUAUCACUGUCUCGUAGGUGAUGGAUUAAGCAAAGCUCCCCGCUCUUUGGAUUGGAUCCAGCGCGAGCAAGAUCACUUGUCGUACCUCCACGUUCUUGCGACGGCCUCUCAGUCGAAUCGACCUCUUGGAUGGGUUGAGAAACAGCUCACGCAGCAUCUACCCCGAGUUCUUGGCCUUACUCACAUGGCUCUAGUGGAUCCAACCACCAAGGAAUAUCGAAUUCUGGAAAAUUAUUUCAACUUCUCAGACAUGCGUCAUGCAUAUGGCAUUGGUUACAAUUCCUACGAAAAUAAGCUAAAAAACAUUUUCCGCAUCGAGCGACUGGGUGAAGCCGACCGGUUCCUCAAAUGGGCAGACGCUCAGAAUGACCACGGGCGGUGCCUACUGUGGCAUGGAUCCGGAAAUGAUUAUUUCAAAGGCAUUUUCGAAACGGGGCUGGUCGGGGGCCUAGUGGAACCCAAGAUCUUUCUCUCUGGGCUUGCAGGCUACUCGACCACUUACUGCUACAGGCGGACCGGCUUUAAAGUCGGCGUUUCUCAACUCAUGCUUCUUUGUGAGGUCUGCUCGCCUGAAUUCAGAGAAAAUAAGACUAAGGGCGAUCAGUGGUGCGAUGCAGGGUGUGUGCACCCUGACCUCCAAGGAGUCAAAAUGCUGAAUGUUCCCCCCGGUGUGAAAUACCGCUUAGGGCUGUGGCCGAUUCAAAAAGAAUACAGCUAUCGGAAAUCAGAGCAGAUCCGAAUGCGAUACUUGUUUGAGUUUGAUAUGGAGUUGAAUACAACUUGA